GUCGAUCCACGUUCGUGUUUGUUCUGAAUCCGAGUGAGCUGUGCGCGCGCGCGUGUUCAGCAUCGAAGCGAUUUGAUUAGGUUCACCGUGCUGCUCCCGACUCGCGUGUUCCUGGGGCGUGUGCGUAUCAAAAGAAGUCACCCAACACAGCAGAAAAGUGACCCCCGCGCACACCACGUUUCCCACCCAACGCCCUUCUGGUGUGUACGUGACUGGAAUUGCAACGAGGCGCGAGAUAGAAACGAGAACCCGCCACAGCUAGUGGACGACAUCCGUGGACGGUGGCGCUUUCUCAAAUUGUUUGAGAUUGUUUUUGCUUCACCUCGUGGUGCUUUCUCUUUCCCGCAACUUCAACCCUGCUGCUGCUGCUGCUGCUGCUGCUGCUAGCACGUUACCAAGACGGUGCAGAACGGUGUGGUGUUCUUAGCUGGUUCUGCCAACAAAAGUGUGACUGGGUGCGACUGGGUGUACCUCGUGGUUGUUGUGUUGACGCAGCCUGCUGUGACGCGGCGCGCGCUCGUGGUAGAAUAGUAUACUGUCAACAUCGCGAUCGCGAUCAGCUGUGCCAGGUGUUUCUUUACCGGAAGCAGCGUGCGUUCCAUUCCUGCUAGGCAGUCCAGGUUUUUUUGUUUCCUUUGAGCUUGUGUGUGGGUUGUGAACGCUGGAGAAACGGUGGUGAACAAUGGGAAGCACCGGAUAUACCUGCAUACGAAGGACAUUUUGUUCCUUCAACAUUCUCAUCUGGCUUUGUGGCAGUGGAUUUUUGGCGAUCGGUGUCUGGUUACACUUUGCUUAUCCCGGGUACGCCACGCUACUGCCCGAUCAUGCCGUGCUCAGUGCCGAUUGCGUCUUCAUCACGGUCGGCGUGCUGAGCUUCGUGAUCGCUUUCUUCGGUUGCUGUGGUUCCUGGUUCCAGUCACGAUGCUUUUUGGUGAUAUACUUUACGCUGGUCGUGCUUCUGUUCCUGAGCGAGUUCCUGCUGGGAUCGUUGGCGUUUGUGUUCCGUGGUGGAAUUGGGCGUAUGUUGGCCCAUGAGCUGAAGUACGGUAUCGAGAAGCACUACAACGUGAGCGAUCGCGGAGGGUUCUUCACACCGUCGGUUGCUUCGAUUUGGGAUAAGCUGCAGGUUGACCUUCAAUGUUGUGGUGUUUCGUCGUACGAAGACUGGCACGAUAUCAGUGCGUGGCCUGGUGAGCGAUGGGUACCGCGAUCCUGCUGUCGCCCCCAGUACGGUUCCGUGUUUCUGGAAGGAUCCGGUGAUGAGCUACCGAGCAUCGACUGUAGAAAAGCUGGAGAUCCAUCGCUGCUGUGGGAUAAAAGCUGUGGCCAAAUUCUGCAGAUGUGGUUCGUGCAGCGGCUUCACGUCGUUGGUACAGUUGGUUUAGUCAUAGGUUUCCUACAGCUGUUUGGUCUCAUCUCAUCGAUGCUGCUGUUUUGUACGGUCAAACACAAACGAUCUUCGAAAACGUACAAAUCCUACUCCCCAACGGUCGAUACGACGCUCAACCGUAACGGGACGAGCGGUACCUAUAUGGACGAUUGACUGUACGACUGAGUGGUUGGCAGUUCAUCGAUCGAAACAUCGCACCGAUCGGUCGAUCGCUGGCCACCAAUUCCAACAGACAACCAAGGAACCAGCAAUCCAAUACUCACCACAUCUUCAAUGAACUACGCGACGGGCAUUCAAGGUCACUGAAGAGCAAGCAAAGGUUGUGUGUAGUACGUCAAGAGUUAUCCUCGAAAAGCGUAAGGAUUUUGUGCCAAAAAAAAAGUGCGUUAAAGGACAUAGUAGAAACAAGGAACAAAACAACGAGCAGCGAAAGGGAGUGGAAGAAGAAUCUCUCGUGCGUUUGAUAGCUAACCAAAUCGGCGGAAGGCGGUGGCAGGCGGCAGAUACGUGCCUAGUUGUGACGUAGGAAAAACCAAUAGAAUAGCGGAAUACGAAUUGCGUUCGAUUUUAUUUAUACAACUCCCCCUAAUUAGCUUUAUCGUCAUCGUCAACAGUCAUCACGCGAAGGAGAAGAACGGACGGAACGGAAUUACCAAAACAUUUGCCGCGGACGUUGCGUGCAACGACACGUGAUGAUCACAAACACCCCAGGUACUCCCCCCCCGAAAACAUUCCAACAUUCGAGCGUAAGAACAGCAUGGCAUGAUUUUAAGUAUUUACAAAACGAACAAUAAAUGCUCCUCCAAGAGGUGUAA